UUUUUUUAAACAUGAAAUCCUGAAUCUUGUAACAUUUGUUAGCUGUAAUGGCGGAAGUAGACAUUAGGUGGCAGUACAGUCUCGCAGAGCUAAUUUCAGCCCAAGAAGAAGUGGGCGGAAUGGGAGACACACAGUUACCAUGGCGACCACCACGGGGAUGUGAUGUCUACUGGACCGAAUUCAAACACUGUAAGAGUUUACUCAACCGUUUCCAUCACUACUACACGUACGGGACGUCACCCGUCUGCCUCCAGUGGAAAGACGACUAUGAAGCAUGCAGAGAGUGGGAGACGAACAGGAGUCCACAUGCCAAGGAGAGUCUUCAGAAAAGUGAGAGAAAUCGGAUGUCUGAACAGAAGAAUUUCCCUCCAUUUUGGGAGAUGAGACAAAAACCACCAGCUGACUGGCAUUUGCCUCUUAAUGAUGACAAAUUAAAAGAUUCUUGAAGGCACAAAAAACAGCAUUAAGCAUAUUGAAUGUUUCUUCUACUUCUUCUUUUUUUUUUUUUAAAUUCAGUUUGCCAUUGUUUCUCUGGGUAGCAUCUAACAUCCAAGACCUAUUCUGUUGACCCAUGUGCUUCACUGUGUUUCUGAAUUUUUUCAAAAUCAGUACUUGUAUGUUGUUCAUUAAUUCUGUAUAAAUACAGUCACACAGAUGCUUCAGGUAUUUUCAGAGGUAACUGAGUGUCAGCUAGUUAGAAUGGUUUAAACAGUUCAAUUUUAUUUGAGAUGAUAGUGAUCUUACACCGAAAGUGUAAAGUUGAAUGCAUGCGUGACUUUAUUUCUUAAAUAAAGACCUUAUUGAAAAUGUA